CCGACCAACAUAUCUCAGCUUGUCACCCCGCUACGAGUCGCCUUCUCGCGCCGUGCCUGCGUUUGCUUGCCAGUGUUUUCCUGCUAGCUUCCUAGCUUGACCGGUAUCGUUAUAUACUACGUGGUCACGGUGCAGUCAGUUCCAGAACCUUUUGACUCCUCGCGUAUCAGCCCCUCACAACUGUGACGGAUGUCAAGUUCAUACAACGGAAUUAUGUCCACGACGCCCACGGCUCGCGCGCUGUCCUGCAGCGACAUCCUUCAGGAAAUCUUCUUCCGACUACAGGAGCGCGAUGAAGAGGGCAGGAGGCCGCUUGCAUCGCUCGCUCGUGCGGCUGUCGUGUGUAGAGCAAUGUCGUUCCACGCCUUAGACGCGCUUUGGGUGGACAUCGACUCGCUCAAGCCUGUCCUGCAACUACUCCACAUUCCCAACCAGCCGCCAGCAUGUCAAUGUUCUGAUCUCACAGUUCCUCAGUCCACAGAGUGUAUGGAACGCAAAAACGCUGUAGAUGCCCUCUCGCGGUCGAAAUUUCCACAGUAUGCGAGGCGUGUUCGGGAAUUGCUUAGUAUACAAUGCGGCGAGAUGGACCAGAGCGUAUGCUCUGCACUCAUGCACGCUCUGAGCAGCUUUCAGCCCAUUGAUGCCGUUAUACUUCCCAAUCUGCGGCACCUCAGAUUGGGGAAUUAUUGUCAAGCCGUACCAGACUCAGGCCUCAAGCUCGUCCUCGCCCCUUCGAUUCGUCAUUUAGAGCUGCUGAACGACACAGGCCUCCUCAAUGAUAGUAUGGUCAUUGCACUGGGAAAAUCGCCCAUCCUCCAAUCGCUUCACGUCACUGGGCGCCCCUUCGAUACGUUGUCGUUUCCGCACGUGAGCCGCUGGUCGAAUCUUCGAGUUUUCGCAUCACGUCAGUCAUACCUUGACUUGGAGACCUUGGACGCCCUGUCCGAGAUGGAGAGUCUGCACGAGCUCCAUCUCAUCGUGCACCAUACUCAACCGUGCCGUACUAAAGGUGACGGCUUUCCAAAUCUGCGCAGUCUGUCCAUUGAGGGGCAUCCUGCUGGAAUCGCUGAGACUUUCGCGUCGUUCCAGCACUCGUCCCACCUGCACACCCUCCAUCUCACUACCGUCAACUGGCAUUCGGAAGAAGCAUACCAGAGUCUCGUCAAGGUGCUCUCCGAGAUCCAGCACAUAGAGCAUUUCUCCUUGACAGGCGAGGGCAAAGGCGCCCCACGCAGCCUCUUCGGGCUCCCGUGUCUCUGGCGCGGCCUCAGGACGUGCAGACUAUCGAUUGAUGACCCAUGGCACAGCUCCGAACCAUCAUUUCCCCUGGAGUUGCUGCUCGAAAUCGCGCGGCAGUGUCCGCGCAUCGAAGUGCUCUCUCUGCCUCCGAUAGAUUUCGACCCAAUCUUGCCUCCCGAUGAACCCCCGGAGACAGUGGUACUCUCGCAGUCUCUACGCGAACUGAACAUCAGGAACAUGGACGAGGGCGAAAUUUGGGAAUGGGAGGAAGCUCUGCCGAUGUUCAUCGAGAGAUCUUUCCCAGCAUUGGACCUUCAGCGGAUGGCGCGGAGUGCGGACAACCGUGUGCAAAAAUCAUCGUAUCCAUACAAUGCGAGAUGGUUGAGGUGGGCGACAGUUGUCGAGAGAGUGCGGGCUUUGCGGGACACGCAGACGGCGCAGAGGUGACAUAUCCUUGCACUGGCACAAUUCGCACUCGCCUUCUCCAUCGUCGCUUUUUGCAUCCAUCCAUCCAGAUCACUGGUAUCCUAGCUCGGCUUUGACAACUCAUAGCAACAUUACGGAAUCAUACUGUACGAUCAUUACAAGUUCGACACAGACACAGACCUCACCCGGUGGGCUCUAAGCUCGUUCUUACUACCAAGAUCAUGAUAUGGUGUUGGACUACGCGUACGGGUUGAUCU